UGCCCAAAGUGGCCGCUGUGGAGGAGCUGGCGGUGGAGUGGGGGGCGUGCGCCGCAAGCCGCUGCUGCCCCGAGGCCGAGCCCCGCGCGCGGCCGGCCUCGUGCCUCGGACUCUCCCGCCUGCUCCCCGCGCGCGGGCCAGCACCCGCGGCUGCGCACCGCCCCCUCGGAGACCCACGCGCGACGAGCGCGCCAUGAGCCAGGGCCAGCGCGCCGGCGGCGACGCGCGUAAGGGCGGCCCGGCGGGCGGCUGCGGCGGCGGGGGGCACCCCGCGACGACGGCCGGGGCCUGGGCGGUGAGCGCGCUGUGCCUGCUGCUCUCUGUGGGCUCGGCGGCCGCCUGCCUGCUGCUGGGCGCCCAGGCGGCCGCGCUGCAGGGCCGGGUGGCGGCGCUCGAGGAGGAGCGGGAUCUGCUGCGGCGCGGGGGGCCGCCGGGCGACCUGGCCGCCUGGGCCGAGCCGCACCUGGAGCGCCUGCUGCACGAGAAGUUGGAGGGACUGGUCAAGCACCGGACGGUUCGGGAAGCGCCGACCGAGUGUGUCUGCCCCCCAGGACCCCCCGGACGGCGCGGCAAGGCUGGAAGAAGAGGCGACCCUGGUCCUCCUGGGCAAUCAGGACGAGAUGGCUACCCGGGGCCACUGGGUCUAGAUGGCAAGCCGGGACUUCCAGGCCCCAAAGGGGAAAAGGGUGCACCAGGAGACUUCGGCCCCCGGGGAGACCAAGGGCAAGACGGAGCUGCUGGGCCUCCGGGGCCCCCUGGACCCCCUGGGGUCCGAGGCCCUCCUGGCGACACUGGGAAAGAUGGCCCCAGGGGAGCACAAGGCCCAGAGGGUCCCAAAGGAGAGGCUGGACGAGACGGCGAGAUGGGCCUGAAGGGACCCCCAGGGCCCAAGGGUGAGCCUGGCAUUCCUGGAAAGAAGGGAGAUGACGGGACGCCAAGCCAGCCAGGGCUCCCUGGACCCCCAGGGCCCAAGGGCGAGCCAGGGAGUGUGGGGCCUCCAGGAGAAAACGGUGUGGACGGCGCCCCAGGGCCAAAGGGAGAGCCUGGCCAGCAAGGUGCCGAUGGAGCCACAGGGCUGCGGGGUCCCCCGGGCCUCAAGGGCGAGCAAGGAGACACAGUGGUGAUUGACUACGAUGGCAGGAUCUUGGAUGCCCUGAAGGGUCCUCCCGGGCCACAGGGGCCCCCAGGGCCACCAGGGAUCCCCGGAGCCAAGGGCGAGCUGGGACUGCCUGGUGCCCCGGGAAUCGAUGGAGAGAAGGGUCCCAAAGGAGCUAAAGGCGACCCAGGAGAGGUGGGGCCGGCCGGACCCAAAGGGGAGGCAGGCGAGAUGGGCCUGUCGGGCCUCCCGGGCGCCGACGGCCCCAAGGGGGAGAAGGGAGAGUCGGCAUCUGACAACCUACGGGAGAGCCUGGCUCAGAUCAUAGUGGAGCCAGGGCCCCCAGGCCCCCCUGGUCCCCCAGGCCCCAUGGGCCUUCAGGGAAUCCAGGGUCCCAAGGGCUUGGACGGAGCAAAGGGAGAGAAGGGCGUGUCGGGGGAGAGAGGCCCCAGCGGCCUGCCUGGGCCAGCUGGCCCGCCGGGCCUUAUUGGACUGCCAGGAACCAAAGGAGAGAAGGGAAGACCCGGGGAGCCGGGCCUGGAUGGUUUCCCUGGACCCCGAGGAGAGAAAGGUGACCGGAGCGAACGUGGAGAGAAGGGGGAGCGAGGAGUCCCGGGCCGGAAAGGUGUGAAGGGCCAGAAGGGUGAGCCGGGACCUCCAGGCCUGGACCAGCCGUGUCCAGUGGGCCCUGAUGGGCUGCCCGUGCCUGGCUGCUGGCAUAAGUGACCCCCGCACCCAGCUCACAACCUGUACAGAUGCGUGUGGACGUUUUUAAUUUUUGUAAAAACAGAACAGUAAUAUAUUGAUCUUUUUUUCACGGGAUGCACCACCUGUGGCCUUGUCGCAUUUAAGAGCAUGGCCUGGCCCAGCCCUGGAACAAUCAGCACGUGGAGCUGGCAGGAAAGGGGACGGGCCGGUCCAGGGUAAUUGUGUACCCAAGGGGCAGCCGUGGGACUUGGCUCUCCCGGGAAGGAGACGAAGGUGAAAGUGCCUGGCUCAGGAGGGGCUGCAGAGAUGCUGGCUUGGGCCCUCAGCCACCUGAUUAGCAGAGAGACUGUCCCCUGAGGUUCUGGAGCCCUGGGGCCCACCCCAUCCAGAAAGGUCCGGGACUUGGAUGACAAACGCAGCUGCCCCAGCUUCUCUGGCCUCUGGACUUGGCCACAGCCAGCUGCCCGCCCCUUGGGGCCCCUCUGGGCCUUGGCUUCACCGGGACAGGACAAGAUUUCUGCCCAGCACUUGCAGCUGGAUGCUGCAAGCUUUGGGGAGCACGCUGCGCCCCCACUCCCACCAAGCUCAGUGGGCCUCAGGAAGCUAGCCUGCCAUGAGAACACGUGCCCUCUGGCCCGGAGGAGACCACCACCCGUGGACCCAGCUGCAAGGAGCCUCUCGAUCCUCGAGUGUGGAGGACGGCGGGUCCCAGACUGGAGUGGCUGCUGCACCCAGAAGAGGGUCAUGAUGGGACUUUGCCAGCCCAAGGAGACUGGCCCGCAGCUCAGAGUUGGGGUCUCCUCUUGCCCCAACUCUCCCACCCGGGAGAGCUCCGGUCAGCCUGCCAGAAAUGGUCCUUCAGAUGAGCUGUGCAGACGAAGAAGGCGUGGGUGGAUUCCCGGCCAGCCCGAGCAGGGGGUCUGCAACCCCAGCCACCGUGCUCUGAGGAGAGGCUCCCCCACCUCUGACAGCUGUCAUCCCCAGCCCAGAUGCUUGCCUCCUUUCUCUGUAUAGACGGUUAUCGCUGCGUGUAAUAAACCACAGUGUGUGUC